AUGUCAGAUAACGAACUUGCUUCUUUCUUACGACUUGCUCAAUAAACAAUUUUAUCACUUUCGUAACCUAUAAGAGACUUCUUCCGUUGCUCUCAUCACCAUCAACCAAUCUUGUUUCCAUCUAUUUAUCUCCUUCUCAAUAAUCACAACUCUUAUUAGUCCAUGGAAUUCUUCAACAAAAAGGCCAUUCGGCUCAAAAGCCACUUAAACAAAUACUUAGUCGCCUGUGACGAUCAAGAAAACGUGAGACAAAGCCGCAACGGGUCCUCCCCCAAGGCAACCUGGCUAGUGUACCCCGCCAAUGACUCGGGCGAUCUCAUUCGGCUUAAAAGCUGUUUCGGGAAGUACUUAUCCGCCUCAGACUCUGCUUUUCUUCUCGGGAUGACAGGGAAUAAAGUUGUGCAGAAGACCGCGGAGAGCAAUGUUGAAUUUUCGAUUGAUUGGCAGCCUGAACGGGACGGAUAUCAUGUUAAGUUGAGGGGAUUCGGAGGGGGGUAUUUACGCGCGAACGGCGGAACACCCCCCUGGCGAAACGGGGUCACGCAUGACAGCCCGUUUGCGGGAGGGUCGACGCAGAAUUGGAUUUUGUGGAGUGUGGAGGAGGUUAAAAUUACAGGGGAGAGUUUUGACAGGAUGAGUUCAGGGGAGGUUUUAGGCCUGGAAGGUGGUGGAUCCCCUGUUUCGAUAAUUUCUGCAAAUAAUUCUCCUGAUUUUUACUCCAAAAAGGCUUCACUUUCACUCCCUCUGCACAACUCCAGCUCCACAGCAAUGGACAUUUUCCAGAACGCUCAAGCAGUCCGUCUCCGCAGCCACCACGAAAAAUACUUAACCGCUGAAGACGACGAAGAGUCCGUGAGCCAGGACCGUGACGGAUCAUCCAAGGCUGCGAAAUGGACUGUAGAAUUUGUUCCAGACAGUUCACAUUUUAUCAUCAGGCUCAAAAGUUGUUACAACAAAUAUUUAACAGCCUCGAACCAGCCUUUUUUGCUCGGCAUGACAGGCCGGAAGGUCCUGCAGACUCUGCCUAGACGGCUUGAUUCUUCGGUGGAGUGGGAGCCUGUUAGAGAUGGGAAUAAUCAGGUGAAGCUGAGGACGAGGUACGGGCAGUUUCUUCGGGCUAAUGGAGGCUUGCCGCCCUGGAGGAAUUCUGUUACGCAUGAUGUGCCGCAUAGGAGUGCUACGCAGGAUUGGAUUUAUUGGCAGGUUGAUGUUGUGGAGAUUGUUGUGAGAUCGCCUACUGUGCAGGCAGCUCCUGAGAGGCUGAUUGGUCGCGGUGAUUCGUCUGCUUCUGCUGAGUCCAGCUCUCAUUCAGGAGAUCGCUAUGAUUUUUCCAGACAAGAGUCAAUUGAUUCGGUGGUGGAUGUGGUGAUGAGGGAGGAAGGGAGGACUAUAUAUUAUAAUGUGGCAAAUGACCUUGGGGAAGUUGAUGAGGAAUUAGAGGGGUUUUCGAUUUUGUUCAAGGGGAAUAGUGUUGAGGAAUUGACUAGGAGCUUGGAGGAAGUUACUGGAUUGAAUGACGCGAUUGUGUGUUCCAGGAGUCCCUUGAACGGAAGGCUAUAUCCUCUUCGAUUACAGCUGCCUCCCAAUAAUGUGACAAUGAAUGUUGUCGUGCUUCCGGCUUCUUCAAAAGUUGCAAAAGAGUUUGCCAGAACUGGAAUGCAGUAACAAGUUGCAUCGACGUCAGGCAGGGGCACUAGAAGUUUUUUAGUUCAUCCGUAGAUCAGUAUGCUAUGUCUAUCGAAACUGAACCCUAGAAGUUUUUUGAUUCAAUGUACAUAAGUAUAUUAUGAGUAUCAGAAGUGAUGCAAUGCAUACCAUGCAUUACGCUUGCUUAUCUCUUUCGUGUAGUAUUUUCGGCUCCAGAGCUGUCACCCUUGCGACUUGUAACUUGUUUUUGUGUAAACUUCUUUUCAGAUAUGAUAUUUGAUUCAUUCUUUCA